AUGGGGUGGGCUAAAGCGAACUGCGAUGCGGCUAUUGCACGACAGCAUGAGCGCAUAGGGCUCAGGGUGGUUGUAAGGGAUUCUUGGGGGAACAUGCUGGCAGCAAAAUGUGUGACUCAAGAUGGAUGUUUGGCUCUGGCAGUAGCGGAGGCGAUGGCGUUUCUUGUAGCCAUACGAUUAUGUCAUGGCUUAGGUCUCCCCCAAGUGCACUUUGAAGGGGAUGCAAAAGCCGUGAUAGAGUCUGUAAACUCGGGAGAGAAGGAUAGCAGCUGGAUGGGGCAUAUUAUUGAGGAUAUAAAAUUGGAACUCCGGGUGUUUCAACGGUGGCAGUUUACUUUUACUAGGAGGGAAGGAAAUCAUGUGGCCCAUGUAUUAGCAAAAUAUGCGGUGGCACGUGCCCAUGAAUCUUGUUGGAAAGAUAUACCCCCUGACUGUAUUCGUGAUGCUGUUUUACUAGAGCAAGCUUCUCUAGUUUCUUGA